UGGCAAUCAUCCCAGCUUGCUUGGAGAAGCACAAGUUGAAGUCUGCUUCACAGAGGAUUGUUUGGUGCUAGUUGAAUAACCCGCUGGCAUCCACUGUUAGCAGAGUGGUAAGCAGAUUAUGGGUAAGCAGAUAUUAAUAUUCUGAUUAAACAUUUUAAAACCUCAUACCGCUAUUUUAAAAACUAAUUGCACUACUCUGGGAGAACUCUUAGACUUACCAUUCUGAAGCCAUUUCUAGCCUUAAUUUCUAUAUACUCAUGAUCUUAAAAUCUCUUUCUAUGGUUUAUUUCCCAGAAUCAAAACCUUUUCUCUCCACCACCUUACCUAAACUGCAAUUUCUACAAUUCAUGUGAAUAAAUGACUUUCCUGGACAACCUUAAUGGUUUUAAGUCUUUACAUUACACUCUCCUCCUUCCCAGAUCUCUUUUUGAAAAAGACAGGGCUGCAGUCAUCUUUGGCCUCAGCUUCUAUAAAAACCCAGCACAGCCUUGGCAGCCCUCCUGGAAAGACUUCUUGUUUCCUGAAGAUCCAUUGAUUUAACAAAUUUAACAAACUUAAGUAACAGAAGCUAUGAAGGAGACAUUUGCAGUUAGCACUCUGAAGUUAGGAAGCAACAAAUGUUUACUAGACCACAAAAAUUUUUCUGACACCAAUCAUCACAUAGAUUAUACAAUUUAGCAGGGUAACAGGGAAAGUUACUAAUUGUUAUUAACUGAGGUCUGCAAUGCACAUACAAGUCUUUAAAAGUCAACAGUCAAAACUACCAGUUGUCACAACUUAUUUCUGGGUCUAGACUGAAAAGUCUGUUUAUUUCUUGGGUGCUUACUAAACGGGGCCACUGUGUUGGACAGGAAAUAUGGGAUGAACAUUUUAUGCUGACAACGUUGAGUGUUGAAAUCAUCUGUAGUCCCUGCUUCUAAUUUGACUGGUUAGAUUGAUAAGGACCUCACAGUGAAGGAGAUACAGUCUCUGGGCACCUACUCCAGAAUGCUGUCAGGCUGCAUGGGUGCAGGGGCAGAACAUCUAGCAAACACACUUCAGUUCUACUUUAAGGAAAAGGGGAGGAGCCCAGAGGAGGUUAAAAUCUCCCAUGUCAUCCUUGGUAUCCCUUCCCUCUGUCCAGACUUCAUACCUUCUUCUUCUCUAGAACUCUCUUCCAUCCUUGUGCUCACUGACCAACUCAGGGGAUACUGCUGGAAAGACAGGAGGCAACAAGGUCCAGAGACUGGACCGUUGGUCAGCUCAGGGACCCUUCCAACCACACUUCCCUCAAUCCCUGAAACACCUCAAGCAGCCAGCCCUUGGGCGAAGGGAUCCUAAAUCCUCCACUGCUCUGGAACUGUGUGGAGGGCGGCUUUCCCUUAUUGGGGCAGGGAUGAUGCGGUGACUAACCAGACCUACAGCUCUGAAUGAGGGCUCUGAGAAGGCUCAGGCCACUCACUGCAUCCGUGGCCCUACAAGGAGAUGGUUCCAUCGAAGACAGCACAGAAAACUUUGGAGAUUCUCCCUUGCUUUGUCCCCCCCCCCGCCCCCCCCCCCCAACACGCUGUGGAACAGGCGAAGUUGGGAGAGAGGUAGCCCUCGGUGAGGCACUCAUUCAUUCACCGGGUGGAUGGCUGCGAGCGCGGGCCAGCCGGGCCAGGCGGCCGCCAGAAGGAAGGAAGAGUCGCCAGAUCCCAGGCUCUGGCCGUGGAGUCCCGCAACUGCUCGCUGAUGGACCGCCUGAGCUGCGUUGGGAAGGGCUUCCGUUUGCUGGUCAUUUUAGAUCCGUCCUCAUAACGACCAGCGAGCGGGCUCGCCACCGCCACUCCCGCGUGGCCCGCAACUCAGACUCCCGGAGACCCGAGACGCCCGGCGCGGGACUCCCGCUGGGGUCCCGGGACCCGCCGCGGGCGCGACAUGGGUCCGCCGCCGUCCCGCGCUGGGGGCUCCUCCGCGCGCGCGGGCCGAGAUGCGCCGCCCGCCCCGAGCCGAGCAAGGUUAACCUCUGCGCUCCGUCAACUCCUCUACUCCUUUCCCACUUUCCCUCCCUCCCUCCCCUCGGCUCCGCGCUCCGCCGCUCCCCUCCCUCCCCCUCCCUCCUCCUCUCUCCGGGACUGUCUAGCGCCCCACUCCUUCCCCCUGCGAGCUUUUCCUCCCCUCCCUCAUCGCCUCCCUCGCCUGAACCUGACGGCCUGGCCCCAUACUCACGGAGCUCCCACCCCCUUUUCAGUUUCACUCGGAGAUCAGGGGCUGUACCAUAUCCCUAUUUUUUGACAGUUUCCAUUUUUUCAGUUUCAGAAGCCACCACCAUCACCACCACCGUAACACAAAUUUUAAACUAUGCCACAGCUGGUGCCAUUAUAACUCAUCAGAGUUUUCCUGAACUCAAGUCACUUGACGUCAGCUAUUCAGUUUGGCUAACAUUCUUCUGGAGUUGGAUACGGGUAUUCUCGGGUUUUAUGUUAAUCUCUCCUCAUUUCAUCAAUGAAAUGAUUAUCUGGCUGCAACCAGCAAUCAAAUUAAGUGAUUUAAAAAGUGAAGGGACGCCUGGGUGGCUCAGCCGGUUGAGGGUCCGACUUCAGCUCAGGUCAUGAUCUCGCGAUUGGUGGGUUCGAGCCCCGCGUUGGGCUCUGUGCUGACAGCCCAGAGCCUGCUUCGGAUUCUGGGUCUCCUUCUCUCUCUGCCCCUCCCCGACUCAUGCACUGUCUCACUCUCUCUCAAAAAUAAAUAAAUGUUAAAAAAAAUUUUUUUAAGUCAAAAUAUUACAGCCACUGCGUUGGAGGAAAAUUAACUUGCAAAUAUUGAGGUCAAACCGCUAGGAACCUACAUUAAAUAGAUUUACAUAUCUUGGCAUUUAAAUCUGC